UCCAGUUCCUGAGCUGACGCAACACAAGUACAAGAAAACAACCGAAAAAACUCAACUCAACUCUGCUGUCGUCUAGAUUCAAUUCGAAUUGGGCAACCCGAGUUGGAGUUGCCCUUGUCUUCUGCGUUGACGAGCGAGAAUGGUAUGGUGUUCUGCCUGCGUCAAAAACGUGGAAGGAACCAGCGAUGCUGGCAGACUAUGGUGUUCUGGGUGUGGCAAGGUUUUAGAGGAUCAGAUUUUCUCUGAGGAACCCACUUUCAUUAAGAAUGCCGCCGGUCAGAGCCAAUUGGCUGGAAGAUAUGUGCGCUCCAGGGAAAGUGAUAUCUCCGCUUCUCGCGAAAGGAUACUCGAAAACGCUGAAUAUGAACUGAGAUGUAUGAGAAAUGCUUUAGAUAUGGGGGACAAUGAAGAAAUCAUUGACAUAGCUAAACGCUUUUAUAGAAUCGCAAUUGAGCGGAAUUUUACAAGGGGGCGCAAGUCGGAGCAAGUACAGGCUGCAUGUCUUUACAUUGCAUGUCGGGAAAAGAAGAAGCCGUAUCUUCUUAUUGAUUUUUCAAACUACUUGAAGAUAAAUGUCUAUGUUCUAGGAGCUGUGUUUUUGCAACUUUGCAAGGCUCUGAGGCUUGAUGAGCAUCCUAUUGUUCAGAAACUUGUCGAUCCCUCCUGGUUUAUUCAUAGAUUUACUGAGAGUUUACCAGGAGGAAGGGAUAAGGGGGUCAUGCAAACUGCACAAAAGAUUAUCACAAGCAUGAAACGGGAUUGGAUGCAGACAGGCAGAAAACCCAGUGGACUCUGUGGUGCUGCAUUAUAUAUAUCAGCACUUUCACAUGGUGUCAAGUGCACUAAGUCUGAUAUCAUCAAAAUUGUACAUGUUUGUGAUGCUACAUUGACUAAGCGGCUGGUUGAAUUUGAGAAUACAGAAUCUGGGAGCUUGACGAUUGAAGAGUUUCUCGUGAAGGCAAAGGAACUGGAUGAGUUAAGCAAACAACCAAUUAUUGCUGAUAAAAUGGAUAACACAGAUGGCAGCCCUUCUGAACAGAAGAUCCUUUGUGAACAUAAGGAUUUUGAGAAACCUUAUGCAUAUGGGCUUUGUCAAACCUGUUAUGAUGAUUUUAUGACAAUUUCAGGUGGACUUGACGGAGGGGCUAAUCCUCCAGCUUUCCAGCGUGCGGAAGUAGAGAGAUUGAAAAAGGCAUCUGCAGAGCCAAUUGCUAAUGACUUCUGUAUUGAUUCGAUUGCUUAUGAGAGCCUUGACAACAUUAAUCAGUCAUCCAAGUUUGAGAAAGAGAAUAGCACAAAUUCAGGAAGCGAGAACAUAGGACGGCUACAUAUGGAGCCUGAAAGUGAUGGGGCUGCCAUGGAGAAUACAGCUCUUGACACUGGAACCGAAAAUUGUGAUGAGCCUGAUAACUUGUCAGAUAUUGACGAUGCGGAGGUUGACAGCUACCUCCUUAAUAAAGAGGGGCAACGCUAUAAAAAGAUGAUCUGGGAGGAAAUGAACCGCGAGUACAUUGAGGAGCAAGCAGCAAAGGAGGAAGCCGCCAAGGCUGCUAUGGAUAUCAAUUGUCCAGAAGCUGCAAAGAAACUUGCACAAAGUACUGAAGCAGCUGUUGCCAAGAGAAGAAAGGAGAGGCAGCUAGCUAGAGCAGCUGAAGCGAAAAACGCUACUCCAGCUCAGACUGCUGCAGAAGCUGUCCACCAAAUCCUGACUAAGAAGAGACUCAGCUCAAAAAUCAACUUUGAUGUCCUGGAGAAUAUGUUCGAAAAAACUGAGGCUCCUGAUGUCUCUCGGAAAAGAAAAAUUGAUUCACAUCUUGACAAUGACGACAAGUUGCCCCAUGAUAGUGAAGAGCUUGAAUUCGAUGCAUACAAAGAUGAUGACUUGGGUAUAGAACAGGAAUAUGGCGAUGAAGAAGGAAUUGAGUAUGGAGAUGAAGAAGCCAUUGACGACGUAACCUAUAACGAUUACAAUGAUGAUGGGGAAGUAGAUGAAAACUGGGAUUAGCUGUUCCGUCACCACGUUUGCAGCAUCCUAAAAUUUCCGAAGUUGCUUUACCUAUAUAGGAGAUAGUAUAGGAAAUGUUCAUUGUUUAUAGAGUUGUAUUAGUAAUUACCAAGCCCAAUAAAUGCAAGUGCGCUCUAAUUUUUAGUGCAGAAAUAUAGAUAACACUGGACAAUUUCCUGAUCUGUACUGUAACUUAGUCUUUAAUUACCAAAUAAAAAUCGUUUUUCAUGUGG